UGCGGGUCAACAUCGCCGUGGCUAUUAGGAGAAGGAGAGCAAAAGCCUCUGUUUCUCUCUGUUCUUCUCUCUAGUCUCUAGUCUCACUCUCACCCUGCAGGUAGGGUGAUUGAAAAUGGAAAAUAUGAUCUCAAAAAAGGAGCGACUGAUAAUGGAAGAGCUUGUGAAGGGCCAGAAUGCUGCUACCCAACUCAAGAUUCUUUUAGAAAACCCCAACCCCCUUGGGGGUACAUACUUGAUCCCACUCUCACCAGAGGAACUCUUGGAGAAUGUGCUCUCAUCUUUCUCACAAGCUAUUUCUAUCAUUAACGUCUUUUCUUUCCAACCACCUCCUCCUGCUCCUGCUCCUGCUCCUGCACCUCACGUUCUGGGUUCCGCCAGUUAUUCAAUGUCUGGAGAUUGCAGUGUAAAUUGGAACAGAUCCCAACAGGGUCAAAGCGAUGAAAGAGAUAGCCACAGUAUAGGGAAGGGGAAGGGUGCACCGACAUCGACCACACUCUCCGUCACCACUGAAGACAGUCAUCUAUGGAAGCAAUAUGGACAAAAGCUAUUUCCGAAUUCUAAAUUUUUUUGGAGGUACUUCAGAUGCAUUUACAAGUAUGAUCAAGGUUGUAAAGCAACCAAACUGGUGCAGGGGUGUGAAGAAAAUCCUGAUUUGUACCGAAUUACAUACGUUGGCACGCACACAUGCAAUGCCAAUCUCCCCACUAGGAAGGGGAAGGGUGAACCGACAUGGGCUGCAUUCUCAAACACCACUGAAGACGGUUCUCUAUGGAGGAAGUAUAGACACAAAAUUCUGAAUUCUAUAUUUCUUCGGAAUGAUGAAAGUUUGCAUGAAGUAUCAGAUCACGAAAGACAGAAUCGGGAGAAUGAUAGCUUAUAUAGUCAAUUUCGAGGAAAACACAAGAUAACUGAUUCUGAAAGCUCAUGGCCCUUAUUAACUUCAAGUUCUGACAGAAACACUGAUACAUCAUUGUCAAAUUCACACGAUUAUUCCGCCCCCUCGUGAAUUUAUCAUGUAUAUAGUUUUCGUUAAUUACUGUAAGUUAAUGUAUUUUGGUUUUUGAUUUCAAUACUCGUGAGAACUGAAAUUAUGAAUGAGAGGAAACAUAUAGAAUUAUAUAUCUUAAUAUUGGGCAUGUAGUUUAUUUAUCUAUAAUGUAUCCAUAAGAAAAUAACAUUUUGUUGACAUUUCAUCCGGUAGAUAGUGGUGGAGCUAGAGGAGAAAUUUUGAAUCCA